UUUAGUCUUUUAGUCUCUUUCGGGUUUUCAGUUCUCAGUCACUUGCCGAGUUUACUUGAAUCACAAUGAGUGGACUUCGCAGGAGUGCUCGUUCGACUGCUGGGCAGCACUCAUCCCAAUCUCAAUCCCAAUCCCAAUCUCAAUCCCAAUCACAAGCUGCAUCCGCCAUCCAAGUGCGGCAGUCGACGCGCACCAUCACCGUCACUGGUCGCCAGCGCGAACCAGAGCCGCGCUCUCACCCGCCUCACCACCACCACCAUCAGCAUCAGCUGCCAGAGUCGCACUGGCACAACUGGUCGCCGCGCUCCUCACCCGCAGCAGCCAGCUCUGCGACCAAGCCAAGCCCCGCCGCCGCCACCACCACCACGACGACAACGACGACGACGCCUGCCAAGCUCGCCAGCAUUGAACUCGUGGCUUCGCUACGACGCACUCCCGACAUCCAAGUGCGCGCCCGGCCAACGCGCCAGCUCGACUUCCGAGUCCACAAUCCACAAACGAGCACCGACAAGCAAACCCAGCAACAUCCUCAUCCUCAUCAUCAUCAUCAUCAGGACGAUGACCAUGACAAGAAUGAUGGCGAGGUGGAUGGCGAGGAUGACGACGAGCAGGACGACCCGCUCCAUGACGAACAAGACGAGGACGACGAGGAUAGCAUCGAUGCACCAGGCCAGAUACCGUCAAUGGCAUCGGAGCUUGGUCACUCCAAAGUCGUGGCAGCGUGGCCUGCCCCGGGUUAUGGCAAUUAUUCACCUGCCGUGGGACGAACGUUCGCGCUCAAGGCUGCCAACAGACUGAUCAACUUGCAUUCCUAUGAUAACGCCGAAGAUGCGUCGCUGUAUAGCUUGCUUCGAUCCUGGGUCCGCAACAAUCCGACCUACGACGAUGAGCAGCUAGGCGCGAUUCCAAGGAUGGAGCCUCUUGGCUUUCCUCCGCCAGACCCUGCUUCCAACGAUGCGUCGCCAGCCAACAACAACGACGACGAAACUCCUCGCCUGUCUCCCGAAAAAAUUGAGGCAAAGCUUGCCGCCAAACGCCCUAUUUCUCAGAAGGAAAUUAUGGACGAGUAUGCUCAGCGCUGGAAGGCCGCCAGAAACAAGAUGAUGGGUGAUUACAAGAAGCGAUACCGACGAUUUUCACGGAGUAUUCAGGCGAUUCGGCAAACACCGGACUCCAAGAUUGAACCUAUGUUGUUGCUGAAACGCGUAUUUUGAUGCAGUAUUGUUGGCGCUACGCAUGCAUAACCAAAAUCGAAGAGAAAGAGGUGGCAGUGACACCAAAAUGUUGAUUCAUAAAUGAAAAACAAUGAACUUAACAUGUAUUACAAAAAGAAAACAUCAAGCAAG